UUAAUAUAGUGAUUAUAAUUCGAUUGGCAUAAAACAUGUCAUUUAACAAGGCAGAAUCUAAAGAAGAUAUAUCCGAGCGAACAUGUAAUCAGCCCAAGUCGACGACCAUUAUCAAGUACGAGAAGUCUUCGUGUCUAUUCUGCAAUGAAUGGUUCGACGCUCAAACAUUUACGGAACACCUCAUACAUUGCGGUCAAGUGCUCGAGGAGUGCCCCAACACCUGUAAUGUGUUCAUUCCCAGAAUUCGAAUGCGAGCGCACCUCAAAGAGUGCCCGAGAAGUAAGCAGCAUGUUAAUCAUCGUCUGAGUGCCAAUAUCGAACGUUUGGAGCACAGUGUUGAUCAUCGCGUGCAGGUCCUUGAGCAGGACAUUGGCAUGAUACGAUCCGUACUGAAUGAGGAGAUACGGCAACGCUUGCAUCUAAUAACCGAUGUUGGCAACAUUCGCAAACAAAAUCAAGUGGUCGAGGACUGGACCCGGGGCACUGAUGACAAUGUUAAUGGUCUGAAACGGCAAUUGGAGGAGGAAACCGCACAAAGAAUUUUUACCGACGAACAAUGUCAGAACGAUUUCCAAUAUUGCUGCAAUCUUACCCAGUCCCUCAAGGAUCAGGUUCAAAUGCAAUUGGACGAUACGCAAAAGCAUAUUAAUCAGCUCUCGCUAGAUGUGAGCUACCAUCAGAAUCAGUUGAACGACAAUAUUAUGAAGUUGGAGGAAAUUGUGUUCGAAAACGAACGUUCGAAUAGAGAAAAGUUUUUACAAAUAGAUGAUUUUCUGAAACAAAUUAACGAAGAUUUGAAAGCAAAAUUGGUGAGCAGUGAUGACAUUACCAAACAAGCUACUUUAGACUACGAAGUGAAGAGCGUAAAAAAUAUUGUUUGCGAAACUGAGGAGCGUUGCGACAAAUUGGAAAACAUUAUCCUAGAUAUUGACAGGAAGCUUCAUGAAACAAUGCAAACGGUUGGGGAGCUCGAAAACCAUCUGGCGAUGCACCAACGCAUAACAAGCGUACAAAAUAUUCGAGGUCAUUUUAUUUGGCGCAUUAAGGAUUAUUCGAAGCAAUUAGAUGAAGCCAAACAAUAUGACACAAUAUUGCACAGCCCCAUGUUUUCGAAUAAGGCAUUUGGGUAUGCUCUACGCCUGGACAUAUAUCUGAACGGCAAGGGCACCUGGAAGGGGCGCAAUUUAAUUGCUUGUCUGAAUGUUUUACCCGGAGAAUACGAUCCAUUGUUGCCGUGGCCAUGUCGCUUACAAGCUGAGGUCAUUAUUCGCGACCAGGCAGGUGCGGAGGCCCAGGAUUAUGUAAAGACAGUACAAGUGCGAAAGAAGAGUGAUGAUUUCAUUCAAAGCAAUCAAUACUUUCACAUUCCUCACAAGGUUAUAACAAGUCGCAAUUACUUGCGAAACGACUCGUUGUUUGUAGAGGUGCGAGUCUUAAAAUAAGAACACAUAAUUGUUUAAAGUUGAGAAAUAUGUAAUAUAUUUGUAUUUUCAAUUUUAAAUUA